AUGAGUUCCCAGGGUGUGUCUGCGGGGAAUGAGUCAUUUCUCAGCAAACUGGAGACUCUGCGUACGAAGAAUAAAAAGAAAUCUAAAAAAGAGGUCGAUGACCUAACUGAGGAGGGUCGAAAGGCCAUGGAGUCAGCGUUAUGCUCGCUAGCUAUCGAAGACCCAGAAAAUUAUAUGCUUGAAGAGGGUCAGGAACGUUCGAUAAUCGAGCGGGCGUCGAUGGAGUCUGCCGAGGUCAAAGAGCUCGUUGCAGCCCUCAUUUCUUGGAUUAAUGAUGAAUUGAUUAACCAUCGAAUCCUCGUACGGAACAUUGCUGACGAUCUUUAUGAUGGGCAAAUAUUGCAGAAUCUGGCAGAGAAGCUUGCGGGAAUCAAGUUAGAGCAUCCCGAGGUGACUCAAUCCGAGUUCGGCCAGAUGCAACGCUUAAAGGAGGUCAUCGCAACCAUUAAUCAACUUCUUGGCGUCCCCGAGGCCUGGGCCAAAGAACAUUGGUCGGCAGAAACUGUUCAUAACAAGGACAUAAUUGCAAUUAUAAGACUCCUUGUUGCUCUGGCCAAGCACUUCAAAGCCGGUAUCCGUCUUGCUGAUGGGGUAUUCCUAACUGUUAUUGUUGUGAGAAAAAUCAACGGAAUUCUCGAAUACAGAUAUGAACGCAAGUAUCUAACAGAACCUUCACAGUCUCUUUCCGACAGCCAAGCCUCUUCUCAUCCACUAGACUACUUACCUAACCGUCGUCUGAUUCCCAGAUUAAUCAUUUGCUUUGCUAACGAGCACCUUCAGAAACUAAAUCUUCGUGUCAGCGAUCUGUCAGAGGAUUUCUCAGAUGGUGUGCGGCUCAUCCUCUUGAUGGGUCUUCUUGAGGGCUACUUUGUACCACUUCACUUCUAUCAUGCGAAUCCCACGACGGACGCAAUGCGCCUGGCUAACUUAAGGCUGGCCUUUGAGUUGAUGCGGGCGGCAGACCUUCCGGAGCCCUCCGAGCGCCCCGAGGACAUCAUGCUGGGCGACGAAAAGGCAGUUCUGCGUCUGCUCUAUGGCAUUGUGUCGCACUACCAGUACGAAUUGGGCAGGGGGAACCCUGUCAAUGAUUUACAGAAGAUUGCCGAAGACGAGGACCUUUCGUCACGCCAACAGCCCCAAAAUCAACAGGCUGCAGUGCUAAACUGA